AAAAAUGUGCCCCGCAGUGCAAUACCUGCAGACAUAAAGCGGGUGUGUGUCAAGCACAAGAUCAUAGACAACAUCUCUGAUGGCAAUCCAUUUGCAGUUGUGUUGAACUAUGCUCGCUUCUCGCCUUCUGGCAAGGCGUGGCUUACCCUCACCUCGCCCAACUUCUCACCCCACACUCUGAAAGCACUGAACGGCACCGUCCUCAGUGGAAAGCUCCUGGAAGUAACUGCAAAAGACCCGUGGAGUGGGCUCGAACCUCGCGCGCGUGGAGUGAAAGGCCGCUUGGAAGCCGCUGAGCGGGGCGUACUGAGCGGCAAUGGACCAGGCGGCGGGACCUCUAGCCAUGGAAGAGGCGUCGCGAUAUCCGGCUUUCCGGGUAAAAUCACCGCGGAGGCUGUACAGGCGUACUUGGGCGACUUCAGGCUCGCAUCAUAUGAAGGUGGGCAAAAGGAGGUCGUCAAGCUCGGUGUUCCCCAACGGAACAUUGCCAUGAAGGCACGGCUGUAUGUUCGGUUGGCAUCCGUUGCAGAGGCCCACCGCCUUGUCCGCCAGUUCCACAUGACGUUCUUCGAACCCAAAGUGUAUGGUACCAAGUAUCCAUUGCGAGCCCACGUUGUAUACUAA